AUGAGUACUCAACGUCUGCCACUUAUGGAGAUCGAAAACGAUUUGUCAAGUACACUUGUCGUGGGGGGUGAAAGAAGGAAAUCAGGACGCGCCGUAAAAGUACCCGAGAAAUUCGUUCCAGAUUUGCCAUCAUCUGCGAUUCGUUCCACAAACGCCAAACGAAAGAGAUCCGACGAGGAUGGAGAAGAUGACACGUCAGAGGAAGAGGAAGUAGAAUUAGAAGUAGAAGCAGAAGGAGAAGCAGAAGAAGAUGACGAGGAUGAUGAACUAGAGGAAGAAAGUGCGGGGGAAGAAGAAUUAAGAGAAGCUCGAAGGAAAUCCAGAACUUCGAAAAAACCGGCAGCUAAGAAACCCAAAAUCAACGGAGCAACAUCACAUGCUAGAGUCUCCGCUGUGAGGUUACCAAAUCGACCCAAGAAAGCAAAGAAAGUCGUCAUAGCAGAUAGUAAUGCUGGAGGACUUUAUGCUGAUGUUUAUACGAGUGGACAAUCAUCCGAUGAGGUUGUUUCUAAUUUUUUAGAAAAAUACGCACAAGAUGGUCCUGGAGCUGUGGCAGAAUUAAUAAACUUUGUAUUGAAGAGCGCUGGUUGUGAUCUUCAGAUCACUGAGGAUGAUAUUAAUGAUUCAGAUAAUGUUAAUGGGAGAAUUGCAGACCUUCAAGAGGAACAUCAAACACAAAACAUAUCCGACUAUCCAUUGAUCUCACGAGCGAAGAAUAGCCAUGCCUUUCGCGCUUCUUUUCUCGAUUUCUUUCACACCUUAAACCGAACAAUGGAUGCCUCCGGAGCACUCUACGAUGAGGAUGAACCGUUAAUGGAAAGCAUAUUUCAUUGGAUGGCUUCUAUGUCAUCUUCGAACCUACGACCAUUCAGACAUACCGCGACUGCCGUUGCUUUAACUAUCGCCACUUCUACCUGUCAGAUCGCGAAAGAACAAAUAGAAACCGCUGCGAAGACCUUGCGUCAACUCGAGGGAGAGAAGAGAAACAAACGACCCAACAAGGGUAGACUCGCAGAGUUUGAGAAGAAGGUCCGAGAUGGAGAAGGAAAGAAGGAAAUUCUAGAAGAGAGACUCAAGGAUAUCUUUGACACAAUCUGGGUGCAUAGGUAUCGAGAUGUUGAUCCAAAGAUUAGGACGGAAUGUAUUGAAGCAUUAGGCCUUUGGAUUCAUACCUUACCUGGCUAUUGGUUCGAUGGGCAAUAUUUACGAUACUUGGGCUGGAUGCUUACAGAUGCGGCUCCAACCAUGCGACUCGAAGUGGUCAAGCAGUUGGAAAGAAUUACGAAGAACUCGAACAAUAUUCCAAGAAUGGGUACAUUUAUUGAAAGAUUCAGACCUCGUAUUAUCGAAAUCGCCACAAGAGAUUCUGAUGCCGCUGUUAGGUCAAAUGCGGUUGAUUUGGUAAAUUUACUUCGAAAGGCAGGAAUGUUGGAACCGGAUGACAUUGAUGUUAUUGGGAAGCUCAUUUUCGACUCGGAACCUAAAGUUCGGAAAGCUGUGGUUGCAUUCUUCGUUGAAAAUGUCAAGGAUGUUUUUGAUGAAAAGAUUGAGGAGUUGGGUGGAGAAGAUGCCUUGGAGGAAAUUUUGACAGUUGAGAAUGAUGAUUACGAUUCACCACGUGCUAGUUGGAUCAAACUCAAGUGUCUCGCAGAGGUCUUACAGAAUUAUGAUGUUUCCGAUCAGGAGGAGAUGCCGGAUAAAAUAGAACAAGCGACUGCCGAUCGGUAUUUAGAUCUUUCUGGUGGUGAAUCGAGAUUUACUCUUGCUGCUCAAGCAUUAUACGAAAAGAUGCCGGAGCUUAAGGAGUGGGAGGUUUUGGCCGGCUACCUUUUGCACGAUCAUUCAUCGAAUCCUAAAGGCAAGGGAACUAAUCGAGCAUUGAAGGAUUCUUUCAAGCCAGAAGAGACCGAAGAGAUCAUACUGCUAGAGACUUUGAAUGCAGUGGUCAAGCUUAAUCUAAACCAACUCGCCGAGCCAGAUAAAUCAAAAGACAAAAGCAAGAAGAGAAACGCUAGAGCCGAAUCAGCGGAGAUCAAAGAGACAACAGCUCGUCAUUUGGCAGAUAUCAUUCCAAGAUUACUCAAGAAAUUUGGAGCUCACCCAAAAACUGCCACUGCUGUCUUACGUUUGGAACAUUCUCUUAAUCUUGGUGUCUUUCAAGAGUUGCGACAAGAUUCAACAGGAUAUGCCAAACUACUCGAUGAGAUUAGUGCUCAAUUCAGUGGUCAUGCUGACAAGAAUGUUCUUACUGAAGCAAGUGCAGCAAUAUUACAUGCACGAAGUUACGAAGAGCUAGAAGAAGUCACAGAAAGCAAACUUCAAACAUUAUGGGAGGAUACCACGAACAUACUUCAAAAUAUCAACAAAGCUGGUGAAGUAUCUGUUCGAGGAGCUUUUAGGGAUUCCAUUCUUGUAGAACUUUCAACCAACCUUGCAAAGGUGGAAAAACUUGCAAGCAUCUCAAAUUGUGUUGAAGUUCUUGAAGCUGAAAUCAAUAGCGAAACACCUUCUCCCAUCAGUAUCAUUCUUGACGUUGUUGCAAGAGGACAACUUGAGGAAGCAAAUCCGGAUAUUGAUGCUCAAGAGGAUGAGAUUGUUAUAUCGGCUAUUGGUUCAGCCAUGUUCUAUUUCAUGUGGAAGGUACAUUCAUUAACAAGAUUCAUCUCAUCAGGUGAAGAUGUACCAGAUGUCGACAUUGAUUCUCUUAGGGAUUGUCAAGAAACCUUCAUUCAAAACCUUCUGGCCGCUUUAUCAUCCCGAGGUACUCUUGAUCCCGUUCGUCUACUUGCAACAGGAACUCUUCUCGAUCUUCACGUUUUAUUCGCCACUCUACGACCUCAAGCUACUACUGCUGGACAAAAAGAACCCAAAAUCCAACCCGAACACAUUCAAUCUCUAUUUAAACAAAUCACCCCAGAAGCUCAAUCUGAAUUAAUUUCCAUCUUUGACCAUGCCGAGAAACAUUUUGCGAAAAAGGCCAAGAAGCGCCUGGAGGAACCAGAUGAGGAUGAAGCCCCUGAGGAUGAACCGGAAGACUCUGAAGACGAGGACGAGGAUGUUACAGAGAAUGAACGACAAAGUGAAACUCUCAAAGCGGAACAACAACUUUGUGAAUUGACAGGGAAAUUAGUCUUGGCUAUUCUCGCAAAAGUCAUUGACGCUUCAGAACCUACGAGAGGAAAGUUAAGGAAACGUCUUGAGAGGAAUCGAGCGAGGCUAGGACACAAUUUUAAGGAAGUGAUUGCAUAUCUUGAUGAACCAAAGGAUAAGGCGAAGAAGAUUAAGAGUAAGGCACAAUCAGCAGUAGCAGUCGCACAGGCAAAGAAAGAAGUUAUUAGGAUGGAAUUGGAGGAUGAAGAUGUUGAAGAAGAAGAGGAAGAUGAUGAUCCAUUUGCUGAUGCAGAACCUGAAGAAGGAACAAGAGCUGAUUUGAAGAGAAGAGAAUUAAUUGAAGAUGUUAGUGGUGAUGAACAAGGAGAAGGAGAAGGGGAGGAAAAUGGUGCUGCUGAAGAUGAUGAAGAUGAAGAUAUGUUGGGGGAUUGA